UGUGGAGAAAAAUCAGUGCCUGGUCACUGAAAGCUUGAGAUAUACAGUAUUUCUCAUGCAUGUAGAACUUUUAUAGUUUUAAAGUGUCUUUCGUGUUCUCGGGUCAUAACAGCGCUGUUUUGUGUGGUUACGAAGCCUGCCUGGAUUUUACUGGUGUUUUGUCACUGAGGGGAGGAGGAUGUAAAAAAAACAAAAAAAACAAUACCAUCCGCCAUCUUUUUGGACGUGACUUGGGAGUGGGGAGUUAACGUUAACGUUAGCUUUAGAGCUAUUGGGAUCCACUGGGUUUGUUUUUAUAUAUAAAUAAAUCUAUUUAUAUGUGUGUUAUAUUAUCUCAAGCAGUCAUCACGCAGGUCAACACACUAACGUUUCCGGACACUGUUAGUUUAGACGACUUGGCAGCGAGGAGGAUUAAUGAUGGCACUGAAGGAAUAACAAACUCGUCCACGGUUGUGUCAAAUCUGUGCUUCGGUCCUCUGUGGCUUCACAGGCCGGUUGUUUGCUGCCUGCUCUUCCCAGGAUAACUGCGUCUGAAGCUAGCCGAGUUAGCAAACCGAGCUAACACAACAAUUUCCCUCACCGAAUCCUGUUUUUUCUGUCAAAACUGGCCUGUCUGACGGGUCCCUAUGCACACGCUGCCAUCCUCUGGCAGAUGAGUCAUCAUCGAGGGCUUGCGCGUCGCAGUCGCACCGCCAGAUAGUCCCCUGCGAGCGCAGCAUGCCCUCCACCAGCAGGGCAGGGAACCUCAAGGACCCCGAGAUCGCAGAGCUGUUCUUUAAAGAAGACCCCGAGAAGCUCUUCAUCGACCUGCGUGAGAUCGGACAUGGCAGCUUCGGAGCCGUAUAUUUUGCACGUGAUGUGCGGACCGCAGAGGUGGUGGCCAUUAAAAAGAUGUCCUACAGCGGAAAGCAAUCCAAUGAGAAAUGGCAGGAUAUCAUCAAAGAAGUAAAAUUCCUCCAGAGAAUACAGCAUCCGAACAGCAUCGAGUAUAAAGGAUGCUAUCUCCGAGAACACACAGCAUGGCUCGUGAUGGAGUACUGUUUGGGUUCAGCUUCCGACCUCCUCGAAGUUCACAAAAAGCCCCUUCAGGAAAUCGAGAUCGCAGCUAUCACCCACGGUGCUUUGCAGGGGCUCGCCUACCUUCACUCUCAUAACAUGAUUCACAGGGAUAUUAAAGCUGGGAACAUCCUGCUGACUGAACCUGGCCAGGUCAAACUGGCAGAUUUCGGUUCUGCCUCCAUCGCUUCUCCGGCCAAUUCCUUCGUUGGGACGCCAUAUUGGAUGGCUCCAGAGGUGAUCCUGGCUAUGGACGAGGGGCAGUAUGACGGGAAAGUAGACGUCUGGUCCCUCGGGAUCACCUGUAUAGAACUAGCUGAAAGGAAGCCUCCCCUGUUCAAUAUGAAUGCAAUGAGUGCCUUAUACCAUAUAGCGCAGAACGAGAGCCCAGCACUGCAGUCGAUCGAAUGGACGGAUUACUUUAGAAAUUUUGUUGAUUCUUGUCUUCAGAAAAUCCCCCAGGAUAGACCCCAAUCAGAGGACCUGCUACAGCAUGCAUUUGUUAAACGAGAGAGACCGGAAACUGUCCUGAUCGACCUGAUCAUGCGAACCAAGGACGCCGUCCGGGAGCUGGAUAACUUGCAGUACCGCAAGAUGAAGAAGAUCCUCUUUCAGGAGGCCCAUAAUGGGCCAGCUACUGAGGCCCCAGAGGGAGAAGAGGAGCCUGAGCAUGGGGCUGGGCGGACAGGCACAGUGAACAGUGUAGGAAGUAACCAGUCCAUCCCCAGCAUGUCCAUCAGCGCCAGCUCUCAGAGCAGCUCUGUCAACAGCCUUCCUGAUGCUGCAGAUGAUAAGAGUGAACUGGACCUGAUGGAAGGAGACCACACCGUCAUGUCCAACAGCUCUGUUAUACACCUCAAACCCGAAGAGGAAGAGGUUUACCGAGAUGACCCGGAGGCACGCGGUCAUCCCUCCGAGCCCCAGGCUGCUCCAGCACAGCCACCCCCACGCAAAUACCACCGCAACCGCGAGCACUUUGCCACCAUCCGUACAGCCUCACUGGUAACAAGGCAGAUGCAAGAACACGAACAGGAUUCAGAGCUGAGGGAGCAGAUGUCUGGCUAUAAGCGCAUGAGACGGCAGCACCAGAAGCACUUGAUGGCUCUGGAGAACAAGCUUAAGGCUGAGAUGGAUGAGCACAGACUAAAGCUGGACAAGGAGCUGGAGACUCAGCGGAAUAGUUUCGCAGCCGAGAUCGAGAAACUGGUGAAAAAGCACCAAGCAGCCAUGGAUAAAGAUGCCAAGUCGUUCGCCAACGACGAGAAGAAGUUCCAACAGCACAUUCAGGCCCAGCAAAAGAAAGAGCUAAGCAGCUUUCUCGAAUCUCAGAAACGAGAGUAUAAACUACGCAAGGAGCAACUGAAAGAGGAGCUGAACGAGAACCAGUCCACACCCAAGAAGGAGAAGCAAGAAUGGUUGUUCAAGCAGAAGGAGAACAUCCAGCACUUUCAAGCCGAGGAAGAAGCCAACCUACUCCGCCGACAGCGGCAGUACCUAGAGCUCGAGUGCCGGCGCUUCAAACGCCGCAUCCUCAUCGCCAAACACAACGUAGAGCAGGACCUCGUGCGUGAAGAGCUGAAUAAACGUCAGACCCAGAAGGACCUGGAGCAUGCUAUGCUGCUGCGCCACCACGAGUCCAUGCAGGAGCUGGAGGUGAGGCAGUUGGGCACCAUCCACAAAAUGAGGACCGAGCUCAUCCGCCUGCAGCACCAGACCGAGCUCACGAACCAGCUGGAAUACAACAAGCGCAGAGAGAGAGAACUGCGUCGCAAGCACGUCAUGGAGGUCCGGCAGCAGCCCAAGAGCCUAAAGUCCAAAGAGCUACAGAUCAAGAAGCAGUUUCAGGACACCUGUAAGAUCCAGACACGGCAGUACAAGGCCCUGCGAAACCACCUGCUCGAGACCACGCCCAAGUCAGACCACAAGGCUGUGCUGAAGAGACUCAAGGAGGAGCAAACGAGAAAACUGGCCAUUCUCGCUGAGCAAUAUGAUCAUUCCAUCAAUGACAUGCUCUCCACUCAGGCUUUGCGACUGGAUGAAGCCCAGGAGGCAGAGUGUCAGGUGCUGAAGAUGCAGCUUCAGCAGGAGCUGGAACUGCUGAACGCAUAUCAGAGUAAAAUCAAGAUGCAGACCGACGCGCAGCACGAUCGUGAGAGGAAAGAGCUAGAACAGAGAGUCUCACUGCGCAGAGCUCUCCUGGAACAGAAGAUCGAGGAGGAGAUGGUGACGUUGCAGAACGAGCGCUCGGAGAGAAUCCGCAGCCUGCUGGAGAGGCAGGCACGUGAGAUCGAAGCCUUCGACUCUGAAAGCAUGCGUCUAGGCUUCAACAACAUGGUGCUGUCAAACCUGGCCUCGUCUGACAGUCACAGCCACGGUUAUCCAGGCGGGCCGGGUGCCUGGGGUUCACCACACAGUACUGGAUCACAGGGGCCACACUGGGGCAGCCAGCAGAGCCAUCAUCACCACCACCAUCACCAUCAGCACCAUGCCGGCCAGAGCGGCUCCAUCCAGCAGCCCUGGGGACACAGCGGACAUCCUUCCUGGGGCCAUCAUGGCUCAGGCGGCAGCCAGCGGUCCAGCACCGGCGGGGCACGGAACAGCCCUCAGGCGGCGCGGAGAACAUCGGCAGGAGGCCGCAGCGAGCAGGGAAUGAGCAGGAGCUCCAGCAUCGCUUCUCAGAUCUCCAACGGCUCGCACCUGUCCUACACAUAAGCCAGCCCGCUCUAACACUCCUCCCUCAACACACACACUACACACACACUACACGCAUUGUCUGAGAGGGGCAUUAGGUACACCAAGGUCAGCGAGGAGACACAGAGCCCUGAGUGAUAUUCUCUUUCUCACUCUCCCUCUUAAACACUUUAUUUUUGCAGUUGUGGAAAUGUUCCACUAAAAAAAAAUGCACCUUAUAUUUAGAAUCCUCAUUGGAAAAGACUCACAGGUUCAGAUUCAUCUGCAAAUAUCAUAAGUCUAAAGUAUGCACUGUAUAUGGAGCAAAGUCCUUUUAACAGUGCGUUAAUACGAUGACUGGAACGUGACCGUGUGUGUUUACGAAUGUGGUUAAGAUAGAAUGAGGUCUCGUUUGAGCGUUUAUAUAAGCAGGGUCAACGUCAUCCGUCGUAAACAGGCACACUAGUUUUUGUUGUGGUUUUAGGGCACAUAAUCAAUCAUGUUACAGUUUAACCAAUAAACUGUAAGCACACAGUAGUCCCUCGGUGCGAACGCGCGCAAAGUUCUUUGUGUUAAGCGCGGUACGUUUGCUGAGACAGAAACGACAGCCUCGAUUUCAUCCUCAGAUGGAUGUUUGAUUCCUCAAAGAAUGUAUAGUCUGUUUAUCUUCUCAAUGAGAACCUCUGCAGUAAAGCUGUAUGGUUUGGUGAUCUGAGAUGAUUGUUUUUAACACUAAGUGUUUUAAGGAAGGGGAAAAAAGUGGCACAGGAAGCUGAUACGAUGCGGAAGGAAAAGUAAUCGCCGACGAUUCGGGAAGCCAGUUGAGUAUUUCUCUAAGUAAUUAGUUUUCUACCUUUGGCCAUAAUAAACCUUAUGAUUUGAAAAUCGUUAAUCCUGAUUGAAAGAUUGUUUUGUUUUGUCCAUGCUAGCCAUCAGGUUUGGUGAGAAUCGCCUGGAGAUCUUCACCGAAACUUGAGAACUACGGUUUUAGUUGCUAAGUUGUUGGGGUUUUUUUUUAACAGAAGGGCUACAGGAAGCUCAAAAGAUGCAGAAGGAAAAAUGUGAUGUUUGAAGACUGCGAGUAUUUCUUGAGCUGAUUUUAAGGAGAGUCUCUGUAAACACUACAUCAUGCGGUCAUAGCGUGCCUCACGACGAACAGCUCAUCUCGCGUACGCUCGUACGAUAACGGAUCCGUGGGAUCAUCGCUUACGUGCUUAUAAAUUACAUUUUAGUUUCAGAUCUAAUUUAUACGUCCGCACUAAUUCUUAUUACAAGCACAAUAACAACCGGCUUCCGUGAAUUGUCAUGGGAUCUUGUUGUGUUUAAAAAAAAACAUUUUCUUCUUAUUAUAUUUUGCCAGGUUUAAUGGAUUCGAAAUGAUAGACAAGGAAAAUAUCAUGGAAAAGUAAAUAUAGUUACGGCUGAUUUAGGUGAUAAAAGGAAGCAGUUGAUUUUGUGUGUGUGUGUGUGUUGGUGGUAAUGUGUAUACUUUAUACUCAUAUAGGAAGAAUAAAAAUAUCUGUCAGUCAGAUAUAUGAUUCCUAUUCAAAAAGCCAAAGUUCCUUUGACCCCAGCUAUGCAAAGACAAAACUAAUCAUCACGUGCUGCUCUGUGUCCUCUCUGUGUCUCAGACCUACGGUGUGUUCUCUUCUGCCCCCCUCCCAGCUUGGUGUCAGGGCAGUAUAUACAGUAUGUAGGUUUGGGGGUGAGAAGCUCUCUUUCACCUCCGAUCACCUUCACACUCAUCAUCCCAAAGCUCCGGGCAUCUCCUGCCUGCUCAACAUCUUCCCUCAACCACCGUUUCUAAUUAUGUGUACAAACAAAAGAUUAAGAAAAACACAAAGGCAGAAAACAUAUAUAUAUAAAACAUGUUUUUUGGAAGAUAGCCAGGAGACAAGUAUACAUUUAAUUGAGCUGUAUAGAGAAAGUUUGUGUAUAUUGUACAAAUAGAAAAUGUUUUAAAUAAAAUAUUAUAAAUCUACGAGCCCGAGAGAUACCCAAAUUUAAAACCUGAUAUAUAAAAUUAGCUGCUUGAAGGUGUCUAAAAAUAAAAAUAUCCAAAGCAAGACAUCACGAUAUCAAGAAAAUUCCAACAUCUUGCAUCUUCCUUGACGUGAAUAGCUUUUUCAGUCUUACGCUCUUAACUUUACAGAUGGCGACGGAGACAUUUCGUGAAGCUUACGUUACUUUAUCACAUGAGCCAAGGAGAUCUGCCUCAUGUUCCAGGCCAUCAAAACGAUGCGUCCCGAGACUCACGGUCCCUUGAAUGCUCGUCUUUGCGGUCGUUUAAUGAACAUCUAGUGUUGUAAAUGUCCUCAAGUGUUUUCAUGGCAUCGCUGGCCACAUAGAGAUGUCAACAAACUCAACUUUAAUUUAGCUUAUAUAUUACAAGCUGACUGAGCCAUUGCACUUUCAGGCCUCAAAGGAUUGGGGCCGAAUUUAAAGAGAGAGAGAGAGAGAGAAGCUAACAUGCCAAAAUCACUUCACAACCUCGUAAAUGCUCGAUUGGAAUCAGAUGAGCUGCCAAAAAAAUCCCAAAAAUUCAACAGUUUAUUUCACCCGGACUCUGACUAAGGUCAGUCACUCUCGUUUGAGCUCCAGAAGCACGAAGAGGACAGAGGUGCGCCCUCUUGUGGAAGUGUAAUGUCAUGCGUCACAUCGCAGCCUGCAACAUCCCCCCUGUUUUAAUGAUCCCUUUAAAAAAAAAAAAAGUGUGAGAACAAGGGAAAUCUGCAGAAACGAAGCGACGGGGUUUGUAUGUACAGUUACAGUGUGUUCACCAGUAUUCCUUCAAAACGAUCAAUUAUUUUUCUUUUUUUUUUCUGCUUCAACAUUACCAUAACAAUCCAUAUAUAACCUGUAUUAAAAUGUAUAGAUUGUGAAAAGCUGAAUGUCAUUAAGAUUAUAACAACAAAUUGUAUGGCUAUUCACAAGAAGAAGAAGAAAAAAUCCAUUAAAAUGUAAACAAAAAUUCUGAAAACUUUACGGGGACAAAUGUAACGUUUUUGUUUGUAAUUACUCCUUUUGUUGGCAGAGGGCUACUGGAUUAAAAAAGAAAUCAUCUGUAAUAAAGUAAUUUUAAUAUA